AAAGUAAAUCCUGAGUGACUCCCCCUUGAAUUUGUCACUUCCUACAUAAACACGUGUGAAGUGGAGUCAGUUUGGUGAUACGGUGUAUUGACUUUAACAAUAUUGGAAUGAAAUCAUAAAAGGAAAUAAUGGAAGGCCUUGACAAGGAACAUCUAGAAAAGGAGUUUGGCCCUUUCCUGAACCCUGAAGCCAAACUGGAUGUUAAGGGUAUUGCCAUUGAGUACUUUCUGGGACUCAGUGGUGGGAAGGAAGGCUGUUUAUUUGUGGGCGCUAGUGACAAAUUUCUGGAAGGCAUUGUCUCCCUUCUCAAGGAUGACAAAAAAGACAUUGUGGAAAAGAGUUACCAGACUCUAAUCAACCUGACAAAUCUAGAAACAACAUCUAAACGACUUUUAUCCCUACCCUCCUAUCCAAACUUAGCAGCUGAAUGUGUUAAAGAGAUGCUAGACCCGGAGUUUGAAAUGGCAGAUUAUGUUUGCAAGCUGCUUUCCAAUGUGACAAGGACAGAAGACUGUGCUAAGAUUGUUGCUAAGGUGGUAAUUUAUACUGAUCAGGGUAUACCAAACCUGGUAAAUGCUCUUUGUAGCACCAAACACAAUUCAAAGGCAAAUCUUCAUCACCUGGCAACAGUGCUUGGUAAUCUGACCCAGAUUCGUGAAGUAAGGACAAAGGUCAUGGCCAAGGAUCAGUUUGUGGUUCAGAGACUUUUACCUUUUAUUGAAUUCAAGGAGUCCAAAACACGUCGCCAUGGGAUCAUAGCAUGUUUGAAAAACUGCUGUUUUGAUGUUGACUGCCAUGAAUGGUUGUUAAGUGAUAGCGUUGACCUGUUGCCACGGUUACUGCUUCCUUUGGCUGGUCCUGAGGAGUUUGAUGAUGAGGACAAUGAUAAGCUACCCGAUGACCUUCAAUACCUGCCCCCAGACAAGACACGCGAGUCGGACCCAGAAAUCAGAAGGAUGCUCAUUGAGACGAUCUUCAAGUUGUGCGCAACAAAGAAUGGGCGUGCAUUUGUGAAGGAGAAGAACACUUACAUCAUUAUGCGUGAAUACCACAAGUGGGAGGAGCAUGAGGCCAAUUUUCAUGCCCUCAUGAACUUGAUUGACAUGCUCAUCUCGGAUGAGCCACAACCUGGUAUGGAAAAUCUGGACACUGUUGAAAUUCCACAGGAUGUUAAAGAAAAGUUUUUAAAAAUGGACAAACAGCGCGAAGAAAUGGAGACAUCAGACCAAACAUAGUUUAUGGAUGCGAGACGAGCCCAGUUGGAUGAGUUUUGGAGUAUGUAACCAUAAGCUAAAGAUCAGAGAUAUUGUUAGAUGCUUUACCUUGACAGCAUGAGACAUAGCUUAUGAUCAGUGAAGUAGUCACAAGCAACUACAAGGAGACACUGCCUUAAAAUUAAGUCUGAGUGCUGGUGCGGCAAUCAAUUCAGCAAACAAACUAACAAUCAUUAAUGCCCUCCUCUGCAGGCUCUGGGGAGAGAAUGAACCACUUAGAAGUAAACUGCUGUCUGGGCCUGUUUCCUCCUCUGCUUUACUGAUUUUUUUAUUAUUAAAUCCUCUCUGUUUUCGUUGCAUAUAAAUUUUGAUAAAAUUGCGAAAAUUAAAUGAUUAUCCGGGGGAUGCAACUCAGCAUGCACAGGGUUGAUUUAAGUUCUUUUUCUAGAUGUCUUAUAUAUAUUAUCGAUGAAUUGUUGACGUAACUAAGCAGAUUUGAGGGAAUUACAUAAUUCCAUAAGGGAUUAUGAAGUUUAGCUGAAGUUUUAUAUCUAUAAACAACAAACAUAGAGAGGCUUUAACUACCAUGUUACCAUGUAAAUAAUAUAUAAGCAUAUUGUAAACAAAUAAAUCAUGAUCCUCAACAGUGUUUAUGUCAUUAUUAGUUCCUUAUUAUCUGCAGUUCAUGGAACAUUUGUAAUUGAUUAAAAUUUAAUGUUCCAUUAAAAUCUAAUUUUAAUAGAACAGUCAUAAUCAAUAUGUCAACCUGAUGUCAGAGUGGAAUGAUUUGGGGAUGGAACAAUUGGUUUUGUCUCAUUUCUUAUAAUGAUGAAACAAUAAAACAAUCUAAAACAAAAAAAAGUGUUAUUUUUUUUUUAAUAUUAAAAAGAUAUUUGAGCACUUUCAUUAUGAUACCAUCCAUCAUAGAAAUAAGUUGUUUUAAUCAUUUAAAAUUGUGUAUUAUGAUACAGGGGUGUAAAAUUUCAUGUGUAAAGUAAAAGGCUAUGCAAUAGAAAGAUUAAGAUU